AUGCGGCCCGUAAACACCACUGGAAUUGCGGACUUUGAGCUGUGUUAUAAAAUGAAGAGGCCACCAUCGAGAUUUCCAGCACUGGUGUUCCAUUUUGAAGGCGCGGAUUGGGAGAUGCCAUUGAAGAAUUACAUGGUGUUUGAUAAGGAGUCGGGGUUGUUUUGCCUAAUGGUGCUCGAGUCACCGGGGUUAUCGAUAUUUGGGAAUGUGCAGACCCAGAAUAUGCAUGUGUUGUAUAAUUUGGAGAAGGGAUGGCGGCGGCUUAGGGUUUUCGAUCGGAGAGGGUUUGUUCCUGGGGUUCCGUUGUCGGCGUCGUAUGGGCUCGUGGUUACUGAUGCUAUUGAACCGGACCAGCCGAUUAUUUAUGUGAAUGAAGGGUUUGAGAAGGGGACGGGGUAUCGAGCUGAGGAGGUCCUUGGAAGGAAUUGCAUUCCUGGCUAUUAUGAGGCAUUUUGGAAGGAGUUGGAUGGUGUCAAACAAAUCUGGAAGAACAGAAAGCAAAUCUGGAAGAACAGAAAGGAACUCAAAUAGAUUAAUAAUCAUGUAUCGAUGAAUUACAUUCUUUCCUAGAAGUGUCAUAGCCAUUGUAAAUAAUUUAUGUAAACGUUUGUAAAUAAUUUAUGUAUCUCUCUACUAUUUUGGUGAA